ACCGCCAGUCUAAGGUGAGCGCUCGACUAGUACGGUUCGUGUUUUUUCAAAAAACCAAAAGCAACGUUUUACUCCGCCGCCGUUCCUUUGCGCGCUUGAAACGGAAUUCGAAUUGGAAUUUUUAACCAUUAACACACACACACACACACCUUGGCUCAAAAGAGAAACGCAUAAAGAAGAAUCCAAGAAGAAAAAAGCUAUUUCCAUACGUACAUAUGCACAUACUACCAACGCACAUGUGUGUGUGUUCGAAGUGAUCGUUAGUGAAAAGUGAAUUUGAGAAAUUUUUAUGUAAAUGUGCAUAUAAUUAUAAUACCAAUACAUACAUACAGAUUUAUUGAUAAUAUAAAAUCGAUUUGAGAAAAUCAUUUACACUUAAGAAGCUUGCACCCUGCGCCUGUGGCACUGUGUCUUCAUAUUUCUUGGAAUUAUCUACUUGCUUACCUACAGUAAAAAAAACGCGCACUACCCAAAAUGGCAUGCCGGUGCUUUUGGAGGAGCAUAACCAAUAUAACAUUGGCCCUAGUUAUUAUUGCUUUAACCAUGCAAAUGACGAAUGCGUCGCUUUGGUCUAGCUACGAUAGUGAAAAGGCCGAAAAAUGUAGCGGCGGCGUGGGCUUGAAAUAUUUAUCUGGCGAUGCACUUACUGAUUCACCAGAUUGCUUGGGGCCCAAUAAUUCACCUUAUCCCAGUGCGGCCGUUGCACGAACCUUCGCCAAUUGGAACGGUAAUGCCAGACGCGGACGUCAAAGUAAGUUCCCUUCAACUCUGGACCCGGCGAUAACAAAGAGUGCCUUACUACGUGCUUAUGAUGAAGUGAAUAAUGAUCUACCAGCAAACAGUCGCUUUGGACGUUCAUUGUCGAAUGCACCGAUCGGACAAUGCAGAGAAACCCCGUCUCGCCUGUGUAAAACUCGUUAUAAUACCACCGCACCUAUGUACGGCGUUAGUUUGACAUCUGGACAACCGGUUACUAUUGUGCAAAAGUUCCCCGAUCUCUUACAACAAGUUGUAUUCGAGGUUUGCGAAUCUGGCGAAUGUGAUGUUGUCCGCGGUGAAUGUACUCAGACUUACGUGCCGUACCUGUUUCUUGUCAUACCCUUGGGCCCCGUUACACUGACUGGUCAGGAUUAUGUGUUGGUUGAGAGCGGUUGCGUUUGUAAACCGAAAUAUUCAACGGGGGCAGCGCAAGAGCCAAAUAUGAUACCGUAGUUAUAUGCCACAGCCAAAUAAAAAAAAAUAUUAAUCUCUAAAAUCUGAUAUACUGAUACUUACAAAUUUACAUAUAAAAUAAAAAAUAAUUAGAAAUGGACAUUUGUAGGCAUAAAUAAUGUGAAAAGAAAUCUGAAACGAAUUUUAGUGUUAUGAAAAUAUUUUAAUUUAUUACACAUACAUACGUUUUAGUUGUAUAUU